GCAACAUUUCUACGGGUCGCUGAUGAAUGUGAGAUUCUUCAUCGUUCAAAUUUAGACGUCAUCUGUAAUGAUCUCACUCGUGUGGUCAUUAAAGAUGGUAAAGGUUCCGAUUAUAUCCAUGCUAAUUACGUGAGAGGGCAAUGUCUGGUCAACACUUUCAUCUGCACACAAGGCCCAAUCCUGGCAACAAUUAAUGAUUUUUGGCGGAUGAUAUUAAGCGAACGUGUCUCACAUAUCAUAAUGUUGUGUGAUACGAUUGAGCAAGGAAAAAUGAAGUGUGAGCAGUAUUGGCCGAAUGAGCAGGACGAGAAGAUGGAAGUUGGAGGUAUCCUUUCUGCUUUGGAAGCUCGAAUGAACGGAACAUUAGUUCAUUUCACUGAUUUCCAAAAACUAAACUACUAA